UCACAAGACUGCUAUAUACUGCUGAUGAGAAAAGGUGUUUAGCAGUUUAAAUUUACUAAAAUAAUUGCAUUUUCAUGUUGUGUGUACUGUGGGAGAGCAGAUAUAGUGAAUGCAGGGUCCGAGGUAACCAGAUAUAGUGAAUGCAGGGUCUGGGGAGACCAGAUAUAGUGCAUACAGGGUCUUGGGUGUAUAUAGUGAAUGCAGGGUCCGGGGAGAGCAGAUAUAGUGAAUGCAGGGUCCGGGGAGAGAGCAGAUAUAAUGAAUGCAGGGUCUUGGGAGUCCAGGGUUUAUAUAGUGAAUGCAGGGACCCGGGUUUAUAUAGUGAAUGCAGGGUCCCGGGUUUAUAUAGUGAAUGCAGGGUCCCGGGAUCCCGGGUUUAUAUAGUGAAUGCAGGGUCCCGGGUUUAUAUAGUGAAUGCAGGGGCCCGGGUUUAUAUAGUGAAUGCAGGGUCCCGGGGGCCCGGGUUUAUAUAGUGAAUGCAGGGUCCCGGGGGCCCGGGUUUAUAUAGUGAAUGCAGGGUCCAGGGUUUAUAUAGUGAAUGCAGGGUCCCGGGUUUAUAUAGUGAAUGCAGGGUCCUGGGUUUAUAUAGUGAAUGCAGGGUCCCGGGUUUAUAUAGUGAAUGCAGGGCCCAGGGUUUAUAUAGUGAAUGCAGGCCAAACUCUUGGCAAACC